ACUCCUGGAUAAAUCAUUAGAUUGCCGUCCUUUGCUUUUCUCGUCGUUACAUAGAGACGAGAGCUCAUCCCAAACCGUUCCGGCCCUUUCUGGAGACGCCGUCCCUUCGUGGUUCCGUUCCAGGAAAGUCUCAUGUCUGGGUCUGUCAGUCGAGCGACGGCAGACAGAGACACUCUCUGCCUUGUCGUUUGUUUGGUGCGCUAUUUCUCCGCUCAGCUAUCAGGCUAGCUGACUGGCUGACGGCUGUUGUUCCGAAGGCGCUUAGAGACUUAAUCGGUCUCUUGAAGACUCAAAGUGAAGACCUCGUCGUCGCCGCCGCAGCCGUGCUCUCUGUAACCGUCAUCAUUCGUAGCUGUAUCAAAAGUCGGUGCAUAGAGAAGCACCAGGAAGAGACCAUAAUAGCCAAGUCUUGCCCGUCUUGUGGCAAGAGGUGAGUCCUGAGACUUCGAGUUGAAGUGCUACGACACCGUCGACCACAAUGACCUCACUAGGGGUUGUUCGAGGCGGGCCUGUUGCCCGACCAGUGCCAAUGAAACUGUUCGCCGACUCGGUUGAUCGAACAACACCAUCCUGCAUUCCCAGGCUAUGCAACUUGAGUCUGACUCGGGUUCGUCUGUAUCGGCCUCUGGAGGGUGAUGUUUCCUCGUUCACAAUCGCCGUGAAGAUGCAGUCGUCGAAAAGGGCUCCCACACGCUCCUCUGACAUUCCGUACUUGCCAGCAAACUAUCCCGAAGACCCUCACAAGGUUUUCGACUGCGAGCUCGACCUACAGUUCUCGCUGCAGUAUCCGCAUUUUAUCAAACGGGGCGGAAACCAGCUGGUCGUCAUGAUUCAACGGAAGAAAAAAUACAAAAAUCGGACGAUGCUCGGCUAUAAAACCUUGGCCCAAAACUCUCUCAACAUGUGCGAGGUCCUCCAAGGUCCAGUCGACAAGGAGCUACACCUGUACGAAUCGAACGAUAAUCCGGACAAAGAGAAGCGAACCCCAAUCGCGGUGCUCACGAUGGGAAGUCUGAGUACUCAGCCUGUCGAGGAAAGCGGCAAGAACAUGACCAUUACGGAGAGAUUCUCUGAUGAUGAUUCAGAGGAUAGCAGUGAAGUUUCGGAUGUCGAGGAGAGCAGACGCCGGAGAAGUCUCCGAAAGAACAACAGACGAGGCUCGUUGAAGACGAUUCUAUCGCCAAACGCCGAGGAACAACCCACUGGAGGAGGUGCCAACCAACGGAAUAUCAAACAGAAGUUUAUCGCCUUGUUGAAAAAGUUCCGAGUGGCAGAUGAUGCGGAAGCGUCAGAUGGCGAACAAUCGGCUUGCGACGUCGCUGCCGAGGACAGGCGCCGGUUGGAAGAUCUCCUGUUCGAUGAACUGUCCAACUUGUCUGACCUGUCUGCUGGACCCGAGGAAAACGACGAUCUCUCAAUAACGUCAACACCGAAGCCCUCUCUGCGACCGUUCUUCUCGAGUUUGACAUUGGUACCACCGAACCCAGAUGGCAUCUCGAAGUCGCCGACAAACUUUAUUCCUCCCACGAGAGUUUCCGCGAGUGAAUCCGACGAAUCGGCUUGCGAUUCGACUCCCGACGAUAAGAAGCUCUUCCAGGACGAACCGGGACUUCCUACGAGCUGUUAUCUGGUCCACUCGACGGAGAGACACUCUCAGAUCGUCUCGACAUCACUGAAAUCUUCCGUCAAAACGCUGUCGUGCGUCUCUACGGGCGCAGAGCUAAAAGCUGCUCUCAGCGCGCUGCUGCAAAGAGUUCAGAACUUUUGCAACACAAACUCGAGGAACCCGACCUCAAUCAAGGUCGUCCUCAUGGGCAGCGAUAGCUUCGUCAACCAUUUUCUUCGGGCGUACGUUGAGCAGUUCUCGCUUAAAACUCCGGAGUGGAUGACGUAUUUCCGCUUUUUCCUCAUACCUCUCAACCCACACGAGGGCACCAUCGCGCGUUAUAUAUCGUCGGUGGACUCGAGUUAUCCGUUCGCGGAGCAGUCAUGGUUUGAUGCUUUAACAUCAUCGCACGAAAACGAAAUCCAGCAGAGGAUCGCCAAAUACGUCAACAAUACUAUCACUUCUGUCAUCCAGCUGCCCAUAGCGGAAGUAAUGCUCACCCUCUGCAAACAGGACUCGACUCAGGCAUUCGUUCCGUUCGUGACCGAAGUUCGGAUCGAAGGGGUGGAAGACAGCUCGCCUCCCGGAGCGGCGAACGACAAAGUUACGCCCCCCAACUCCCCGGCACAACAGCAACAACAGGGUCUCAAGGAUCGGGACGGCGCUCCGUUGGCCAGACCCGAGCCUCAUUUCGAGCCCAUGGAGCUCCAGAUCGACUUCUGGACUGUCAGCAACAAGGAGUCGAACAAGUGCACCUUGAAAGGCACAUUCCGACACCUUCAGGUUCGACGACUCCCUCCAUCUCAUCUGUUGACUUUGAGCUACUCGAAUAAAGAGAAAAAACAGAAGGUCAUGCGUCUCGGCAAGAAGAAACCUUCAAAUGCGAACGAAGAAACCCCUCACAAGUUCACAGAGGGAGUACAAAGACUCAUUUGUUCAUCCAAGAACGCGCCUUUGAGGGUGACUAUCGACGGAACCGAAUGGACAAACGUGAAGUUUUUCCAACUUUCAUCGCAAUGGCAAACUCACGUAAAGACCAUCCCAUUCGCGUUGAAUCAAAUGGGACAGCCCGGCCCUGAGAAAGACGAAUGAACGAUUCCUCAUCAGAGAGACAAGCGGUGAGAAACCCCUUCGACGGGCUUAGACACCACAGACGUCACACUUGGAGAGGAUACCCUGGUGGAUCGCGGAAAUGUUCAGCAUCCCCUCUUCCGAGUCUUUCGGAGCUCGACCACAUCCGCGUUCGGGGUAACGCAACGGAACAGCUGCAUUGGAAGAUCUGAGCCGAGCGCCUCUCCCCUCUUGAAAAAUUAUUAUGUCACUUCCAGGGCUGGCUAAAACGAUGCCAAGCGACGCCUCAAGUUUAGUUCCUCACUGAGCGACGAGGUACCUGUUUCGAGGAGACGGUGAAUCAGAGGAAAUAUUCUGUGAUUCGGUUCUCGCAUUUGACGGAUCCGGAGGUCAUGGCGAGCGACCAGGACGC